UCACCACAACAUGGGGAACUGUAUUAUGGGGUCACGGCAUUAGAAAGGUUGAGAACCACUGAUCUAGAUUGAGAAAAUAUAUGAUCCUAACUUUGUGCCUCAAUGGGACUUCAAUCAGUAUAUAUAUCCUGGUUUGCAUAUAGUUUUGAAAGCUCUAACUUCAAGAGCCUGCAGGAAGAAGUCUGAAAUUUUCAAGUUUGUUUAAAUCUUUCAGUAGUCAUCUGAUUAUAGUCUAUAUAUGAUCUACAUAUUAUGGCUGUAAUCUCAAUUUGAUAUCGGUAAUAUAUUUAAAAUCAUAACCAGUUUUGGCAGAAGGAAACAUCUCAGGAGUUGUAUGGAGACAGAUAAUUCCCUCUAGUGCUAGUCAGACUCAAACUGUUUCAACCAGGCAUGCCAGUCCUGAUAAAUUGCCCACUGUUUCAGUGAUGUCUCCUGAUUGAAAUGAGUUAGAAGCAAACACAUACCUAAAAUAAAAUAGAUAUAAGUAUAUAUUAUAAUAUUAAAGUAUACUUUUGAGAUUUCUCCGUGUCAAGUCACAUAAAAGAUUGGUCUAGUGGUUAAGGCACCAGGCUAGAAAGCAGGAGGUUGAGUUCAAAUAAAGCUUUAGCCAUGAAAGCCAGCUGGGUGACUUUAGGUCAGUCAGUCUCUCGGCCCAACUACCUCACAGGAUGGUUAUUAUGAGGAAAAUAGGAGGAGGAAGAUGUGUUGUGGAUAUAUUAGCUGCUUUGAGUUAUUUAUGAAAAUAAAGGUGAGAAAUAAUUCUGCUGAAGAUCAUGCUUGCUGAACCAAUCCUUCUAGAUGGAUUGGACUUCAUGCUGGUAUUUAGUAAAACUAUUUCUUGAAGUAGAGAGUCAGUUUGGUGUAAUGGUUAAGGCACCAGACUAGAAACAGGGAGACCAUAAUUCUAAUCCCGCCUUGGGCACAGAGUCAGCUGGGUGAUCUUGGAUCAGUUAGUCCCUCUCACCUCUAGGAAGGAGUCAAUGGAAAAUCACUUUUGAAAAACCUUACCAAGAAAACUGCAGGAACUUGCAAACAUACAUAUAGCCCAACUAAAACCUGUUUCUGCUAAGUUAUAUGCAGCAAAAUAUCCAGUGCAAUGUUAAGGUGCUACAUAAAAUUACUCAAAUUAUUGUAUCUAUAGACUUGGGCAAUUCAUAUGUGUCAAUGUCUAAUCCUGAAAUAAUUCAUGUUGGUUUGAAUUUUAGGAACUGAUCUUUAGUCCCAUUCUCUCUCCAAACUUUCUUGAUACUCAACUUCAGAUGUUUGAAUGUUCUACCACUUAGCAACUGGUACAGAAAUUAUUUUCCAUUCAUCAUAACUUUUUACUAAGUGGACGUAGUCCCAAAGGUGCUUUUUCUUAGAUGAGAAGCGAAAAGUCUUCAAGGAAAAACAAAGAUCCAGUUGCCUUUUGAAAAAGCACUUUGGGACAACUAUGACCUGGAUGACUGAGAAUCUCCUUAGACACAGAACUAUGGAGAACUGUAGAUUUCCUUGCAGCUGUGAAAAAGGUUGUCAUUUAUAUUUGGCAAUAAAUGUAAUAGGAUUUUCUGCUACAUGACUGUCUUCUAAAAAUCUGAGUCUUGAAAAUUGCUAAGAUUGAAAUUAAAAUUGGCAACGAGAGCAGUUUCCAAGAGGUUAAUACUAUAAUUGCAAUAGUUGGGGUGGAAGACAUGACAAGAAUUCAAGGUUUUUCUGAUCCAAAUACAUUUUAAUAAUGCCUAUCCUUGCACUUAGUGAUGUCGAUGGAUAAAAGUAUGGGCAUUUCCAAUAUAAAAAACCUUUGGAAAUACAUUUAAAUUUUUCCUUGUUUUUUUUUUAACUAAGUAAAUUUGUGACCUAUUAAUUAGAAAAUAUUAAAAAAACGCUUAAGUCCACCAAAACUGAGCUUUUGGUCGUGGUAAAGUGGGGAAGAAUUGUGAUGCUCAAUCAACAGAGAUGAAUGGCUCUCAAGCAGAAAUAUUUCUUGGACCCCAUGUUGCAGGACUAGCUGAGCAGGACUUCAUUUGCAGGAUUAGCUGAAUAAGUACUAUGUUGCUGCUUGGCCUGGAUAAUAACUGCUAUUAUAAGGCGCGAAGCUACUUACAUAUAUUUCAUUCAAUCGAGGGUUUUUGAAAGCUGAAGUUCAGUGAGUUAGGAUUCGGGCAGUGUGGUUUGGCGGGAGUAUACACAAUCACGUUUUUUGGUCCGCUGAACGCCGCUGAACGGAACCGCGAUGAGUUUCUCCCGCGCCUUCACCCCUUCAAGAAUCGGCCAAUCCAUAACGACGCAGCCAAUCCUUCCUCUUGUUUUGGCUACAGAGAACUCUUUGCCUUCUUUUCCCGCUUACUAACGUCUACCCGUCACCGGAACUUAGAUGCGGAUUUGAGUAAACUUCCAAGUCGCCGCCCAUUUCUCGAAGUGUAGUUUUAUAGAGCCGCCAUUUUUUUCUCGUUUUUAUACUUUCUCAAUUUUUUUUCUCUGGAGGAUAAAAAAAAUCUUAAGUUUUCUAUAUACGGGAUAAAAGUGCUGUUCUGAGUUUUGAGCGCAGUGUUAAAGGUUACUAGCAGCAGUCGAAGCGCGUUUUUUGAGGUGAAAGCGGCACUAGGGCCUGGCCGAGCGGAAACGCAUUACUCGUUCGCCGCCAUUUCCUAAGAACGCAGCGCGUACCGCUACAGCCUCCCGGCUUUCUGUGUUUGGAGAGGUGAAGUGACAAUUCAAACCGUCUCCAGUGUCCUGGACGAGGAUAUCGGUCGCCAUGUGUACGUGGGCAACAGAAGGCGAAACUGAGACCACACUCGCUUCUAGCAUGAUGUUGAACACGGAAGGCGGUGAGGGUUAUGUCGUAAAAGUGCGCGGAUUGCCCUGGUCCUGCUCUGCAGAUGAAGUGCAAAGAUUUUUCUCUGAAUGCAAAAUAUUAAAUGGAUCUUCAGGGGUCCGUUUUAUCUACACAAGAGAAGGAAGACCAAGUGGAGAAGCAUUUGUUGAAUUGGAAACGGAAGAAGAUGUGAAAUUGGCAUUGAAAAAAGACAGAGAAACAAUGGGACACAGAUAUGUUGAAGUCUUCAAGUCAAACAACGUUGAAAUGGAUUGGGUUCUGAAGCAUACUGGUCCUAACAGCCCUGAUACUGCUAAUGAUGGUUUUGUACGUCUUAGAGGACUUCCAUUUGGUUGUAGCAAAGAAGAAAUUGUUCAGUUUUUCUCAGGGUUGGAAAUCGUGCCAAAUGGGAUAACAUUGCCGGUGGACUUCCAGGGGAGGAGUACGGGGGAGGCCUUCGUGCAGUUUGCUUCACAGGAAAUAGCUGAAAAGGCUCUAAAGAAACACAAGGAAAGAAUAGGGCACAGGUACAUUGAAAUCUUCAAGAGUAGCAGAGCAGAAGUGCGCACUCAUUAUGAUCCUCCCCGCAAAUUAAUGGCCAUGCAGCGGCCUGGUCCUUAUGACCGGCCAGGUGUGGGAAGAGGCUAUAACAGCCUUGGUAGAGGCAGUGGUUUUGAAAGAAUGAGACGUGGUGCUUACGGUGGAGGCUAUGGUGGCUAUGAUGACUACAAUGGAUAUAAUGAUGGCUAUGGCUUUGGAUCUGAUAGGUUUGGAAGAGAGUGGACUCUCCUUUCUGCAGGGAUGUCAGAUCAUAGAUACGGUGAUGGAACCUCUACUUUCCAAAGUACAACUGGUCAUUGUGUACAUAUGAGAGGAUUACCUUAUAGAGCUACUGAGAAUGAUAUUUAUAAUUUCUUUUCGCCUCUUAAUCCGGUAAGAGUACACAUUGAAAUUGGACCUGAUGGCAGAGUCACUGGAGAGGCAGAUGUUGAGUUUGCUACUCAUGAGGAUGCUGUUGCUGCAAUGUCCAAAGACAAAGCAAAUAUGCAACACCGAUAUGUAGAACUCUUCUUGAAUUCUACAGCUGGAGGAAGUGGUGGUGCAUAUGGAAGUCAAAUGAUGGGAGCAAUGGUUAAGGAAACCGAAGGGGUAGUUCAAGAUUGGAACACUAACACAUUGGCAGGAAGCCAAUCCAGUUAUGGUGGUCCAGCUAACCAGCAGUUAAGUGGGGGUUAUGGAGGAGGCUACGGUGGUCAAAGCAGCAUGAGUGGAUAUGUUUGGCAAAUGCCGAGUGAUCAAGAUUUGGAUCCAAUCCACAUGAAACUAGUUCUGACAUCUCAUGGUAACCAGAGUGCAAUGAACAGCAGCUACUACAGCAGUGGUAAUCGUGCAUCCAUGGGGGUGAAUGGCAUGGCUGGAAUGUCUAACAUGUCCAACAUGAGUGGUGGCUGGGGAAUGUAACUUGUCACCUGAUUUUUUUUUGUCAACUUUUUUAAGAAAACAAAAAACUAAGUUUAACAGUUUUGCAAUACAAGCUUGUGAUUUAUGCUUUACUUGUAAGUGAAAUCAGGAUCAUUUUAAAACAUUCAGGUUCAGUAUUUUUGAAUAUGCUGAAACAUUCAUCUAGGGUAUAAGUCCAGUAAAGAAGUUCCUGUUAAACAACUCAGCUUUUUCCAGUUUUUGUUGUAGGAAUGUAUUUGAGCAGUAAGUGUAUUUAGGUUAAAGCUGUUUCAAUUAUGUUAAAUGUUGCUCUUAUACCACAUAACACCAAACACUGUUUUCAGUGCAUGUUCAGGAACAUGCUUUUUGUACAAACAAGUUAUAGGAGCUGUGUUGGAAAUUCAAGUGAACCUUUGGCAUGUUAGUUCUAGUUUUUCUUUUAAUAUCUUGUAAGGCACAUUUACGCUUUUUAAGUUAAUAGGGAAAUGUGAGGUGCAAUACAGCUUACCUUUAGGAUUUUGGUCUUAGUAUUCAGAUGACAUCUGAGACCUUGGUUUAAUCUUUCAUUGUGUUGUGAUUUAUUUUUAGGUGUAUUGCGCUAAGUGAAACUUGUUCAAAUAAAACUUCCUUUUAAAAA